UUUGGCUACUUACGGCUGGAAAACUUAAACAUUGUGUUAUUAUUAUUAUUAUUAUUAUUAUUUGUCUACACAAUAAGCAAAACAUAGGCUAUUAAUUAAUAUUUUAUAUUAAUAUAGUAGCCUAAUGUUACUAAUUGCUUGAAACAUUGAUGAAAACAUGAAACAUAAAAACAAUGAAAAGCAUAAAACAAUCAGAAUUGUAUGCUAUAUUUUUUAUGACUUUAACGUAAAACCUCACGUUGAAGGUGUUUGUGCUUUGUGGAACCUAUCUGUAGCCACGCACGAAUAGUGGUGAUGGAGUAGGACAUGCAAUCUGUAUAAAAACUAAGGCCUUAACUUCAAGAGGAAUAUAUGGGACACUUGUAAGUCUUAGAACAGUCUUCCAUGUGGUAUUUAUCAAGUUUAAUAUUUAUCUCAGUGAAUAAUCGAACUGAUAAUAAAGUGCAUCAUCAUGCAAUCAAGCUUGUAGCCUAUAUAUAGACAUGUCAAUAAAAGAAAGAAAAUCAUAUUUUUAUGCUUAUACAUUUUAUUAAUUAUCAACCAACAUUUUAAAGGUCAAAUAUGUUUAGUCUACCAGACAUUUGGCGCUGACCCACCCGGACGAAUGAUAAAAACUUAAGACAAAAAAAAAAAAAGAUGUAUAUAGUAGGCUACUAAGAGCGGUCUAAUUUAGUAACUAUAAAAAGUAAUUAUUUGUCCCCCACUAUGGAGCAAAAACCAAUGAUUUCGGAACAGAUAGCCAUUAAUCUGCUUGUUAAAUCGAAUGAGUUUAAUUCACUGUAAAAUGACCAUCUCCAAAUUCCAGCUCACCGUUUCUUCACCAUUAUUUCACUACUGUUCCAUUGGACAACAUAUUUUGGUUAUUUCCCUUCCUGCGUUUCCCAUUGGUCGUUCUGGGUUUGACAAACAGUAAGAGGGUUGCCCUUAACGCUUCGAAAAAAGUUUUCCAGAAGUGAAUAUCAAUCAGAGAGAACUCAACGACAGAAAAAGAGACGUAGCGAAGUUGGACGGAGACGCAAAACUUUGAGAUAUAUUAACAAACUAACUUCUCGGAAAAGAUAUUCAGCUAAAGUCUCAUCUUUGGGAAUGGGUUCUUUUAUUUUUAAGCCUUUAAAAGGCUUACAUUAGACUUGGGUUUGGAUUACCGUCGUCACCGGAGACCUAAAUCCACCCGACAUAAACAUUUUGCGCGUGCGGCAUUCCUGCGCCUGCCGCCCGGACGGAGUUUCUAUUUGUCCUCCGUUGGAUUUGCAGUGGGAGAGAUGAGUGACAGGAGACGAUCCGCUGCCGCGCUGAGUUCACGAGCGCACGCCUUUUCGGUAGAAGCCCUGAUCGGGACAAACAAGAAGCGGAAGCUCCGGGGCUGGGAAGAAAAAGAACUGGAGCUGUCUAUGGAGAGCCUCGCGAGCAACGAACAGUUGGGAGACGGCGAGGAUCCAGCUAAUUGUCUGGAUAUCGAUCCGGAUUCGGAGGCCAGUCCAGGCUCUGACGGCGAGGGUUUGGCGGAGAGGACGUCCUGCUCAUUCGGCUCCCCGGCGGACCUGACCCCUGCCGCCUGCGACCCUUCACCCUCAGCCUCUAUGGAGGAGAUCCAGGUGGAGCUGCAGUGCGCUGACUUGUGGAAACGCUUCCACGACAUUGGUACAGAAAUGAUCAUCACAAAGGCAGGAAGGAGAAUGUUCCCUGCUAUGAGAGUUAAAAUCGUCGGAUUGGAUCCACAUCAGCAGUAUUACAUUGCCAUGGACAUUGUACCAGUGGACAACAAGAGAUACAGGUAUGUGUAUCACAGCUCAAAGUGGAUGGUGGCGGGAAACGCAGAUUCCCCAGUGCCGCCCAGGGUCUAUAUCCACCCGGAUUCACUGGCUUCAGGAGACACCUGGAUGAGACAAGUGGUCAGUUUUGACAAACUCAAACUCACCAACAACGAGCUGGAUGAUCAAGGCCAUAUCAUCCUGCACUCGAUGCACAAGUAUCAGCCCCGUGUCCACGUGAUCCGAAAAGACUUCAGCAGCGAGCUUUCUCCAACCAAACCUGUUCCUACAGGGGAAGGAGUAAAGACGUUCAGCUUCCCAGAGACCGUCUUCACUACGGUCACAGCCUACCAGAACCAACAGAUUACCCGCCUAAAGAUUGACCGCAACCCAUUUGCCAAAGGAUUCCGGGACUCGGGGAGAAACAGGACUGGGUUGGAGGCAAUAAUGGAGACAUAUGCUUUCUGGAGACCUCCAGUGAGGACGCUGACUUUUGAGGACUUCACGAACAUGCAGAAACAGCAAGGAGGGAGCACUGGCACCUCUCCCACUACCUCCAGCACUGGCACUCCAUCUCCCUCCGGUGCGACACACCUUCUCUCCCCGUCCUGUUCCCCUCCUACUUUCCAUCUGGCACCCAACACCUUCAAUGUGGGCUGCAGGGAGAGCCAGCUGUGUAACCUGGGCUUGUCCGAGUACCCCGCAUGUGCCAGAAGCAACAUGGCCGCCCUGCAGGGCUACGGAGGACUAGCCGACGGCUCCUACGGCCGCCUCCAGACCACAGGAGGCACUGUAACCUCUGCCCAGGCUUCUGAUUCCUUCUUGCCUCAGAGGACUUCCUCUCUCCUCGCUGCAGGAAUGCAGGGAGGGGCUCACGCCUCAUUGGCUGCUGGUAACAGCAGCGGUUGUAGCGGCGGGGGUAAAAUGGAUGCAUAUGGAAGUCAGCUGGCCUCUUUUCCCGCAUCCCAGCUACAGUACGUCAUGCAGGCAGGGGCGAGCUCCGCCUCUGGGUCAUCAGCUUCAUCCAGCUCAUCCCCGUCCUCCGCGCAUAUGUUCUCUGGGAGCCAUCAUCACGUGCAGCAGAGCACAUACAACGCUUUUUCCCUUCACAAUCCCUACAACCUGUAUGGAUACAACUUCCCGGCAUCACCGCGCCUGGCUGCCAGCCCAGAGAAGCCUCAGGGUGGCUUACUGUGCUCUUCCUCCUCUGCCGGAGCAUUUGCGGAACGUCAAUACCUGUCCAACAGUGGCAUGGACGGUAUGCACAUGAUGAGCAACCCCGCGGGCAGCCAACAGGGGGCCGGCAGCUGUGACGGCCGCCAGUAUGGCUCGUCUUCACAGAUGUCCAUGCACAUGGUUUGAAGUGCUUGAAAAAGUGAAAUAAACCAAAAAAAACAUUAACAGCUGCUGCAAUUUUUUGCUCAGUGUUACAGGGUUUUAAGAGUUUUAAUAUUCAAAAUGUCUGAUAUAUUGGCAUGAGCAUUUCACCAUCGUGAUAUUGGAGACACCAGCCAUUCAAUGUGGACUUAUUGUCAUCUCAUUGCCAUAUAACUCAUCAGACUAUAAUGAAGUUAAAGUGUUACCUGUGUUCAUCUCUUACAUAAUAUGCCGUCAAUAGCAAAUGGAUAUACAAGUUAAAAAUUACUCUUCAAACUCGACUGUUGUUGUUGCUGGCCCACCGACCUCAACGAUGUGCAAAACUGAACUAAGUCAAAUGAGGUCUGAUUUUUAGAAGAUGGAUUCUGGUGAGGAUUCAUAUUUGGUGCAAUAAUAACAGCAAUAAUGGACCCAUAACUGUCAAACAUUAACAAAGACAUCACCCAGAACAAAACAUAUCCUCAAAACUGUGACGAAUAAAUGUUGUCAGUAUGACGUUUUUGUUGUUGAUAAUAUUCAAUGCUUGUCAUAGAGGUUGCGAUGCGAUGUUGGAAACCGGACUCUCUCAGGAUGGCAAAGUUAAAUCCUCCUGUAAUAACAGGGUCUCUGUGUGUUUCUGGCAAUUUGUUUAUGAAAUGCUGAACCUUUGCCUAUUGGUUUGGAAAUGGCUUAACCAUAUCCUGAGUGGAACAUAAACAUAUAAACAAUAGUGAAUGCACGUAAAGCACAUAGGUUUUAAAUUGUUGUGUGGAGAAAAACCAUAGGAAAACAAGGUAAUUAAGGUAUAUGCUCUGGAGUGUUUGUAAAUGAAUAUAUUUAAAUGCUAAGCAAUUAUAUGGCCAGUGUAUGUUGAAUUAAAACUAGUGUGGGAGGAAUGAACAAAUGUUGUUUUAGGCUUUUGAGGCUGUAAAUACAAGUGCCAAGCACAUAAAGCUCAUUAAAUAAACAUUAAAAGUUCUCUUUAUGUUUCUUGGAAAAAACAAAAAAACAAAAACAAAACAAAAAAACAAGCAUGUUUUGUUGCUUUUGGUUGUGGUUUUGAAAGUAUAUCAUACAGUAGAUGGAUCAGAAAUCAUCACAGAUCAAAAUAUGGACCUACAAAGUGAAUAUUUAUGUAGCCUAUAUAUUUGAACAGUUUAAUAAAUUAAAAUUAAUCCAUACAUGCCUUUUCAUACAGAAAGCAAGAGGAUCAAAAUGAAGUUCUAAUCCUCACAAUCUGAAAACCAUUACUAGUCCUACAAAAAAAGAAAGAAAAGCUUUUACUAAUUAAAUGCCAAUCUAU